AUGUUAACUGCGUUUACCGAGGAGAGUGUGACCAGAACCAAUGUGUAUGUUCAGCUGAAAACAGUGAUGCAAAUUCUUCAACAAUUUUUUCUCCAUUCUCCGUCCGCUAAAUGUGAUUUGGAAAAGAUUCACCAACAAGUCAGCCAGAUAAUUUGCGAGCAUUUGAAACUCCCCAAACCGGUGACCGCACCGGAAUCAAGCAUCAAGUCCCGAACAAGGGAAAAACUCAGAGCCCGAUCCAAAACACGACCGAUGUCCAGACAGAAGAACGAGAGUGUACUGCCCAGAUUGCAGAACAAACUAAAAGAAACGGAACUGCUUUGGCAGAUACAAAUGCAAAAGUUGACCCAGUUGCAGACUAUUUUAGCGCUGAAAAUUGAGGAAGACAUACAAGAGCAAUGGAAAUGUCACUAAUACCGGGACGUGUUUAUUUGCAUUGUGCAGCUGGAACUCACUGAAUUGAUCUCAGAGAAUGAGAAGUUGAAAUGCGAGAUCGAACAAGCUCGGACGGAGUUAGGAGAGAUUUUGAAAUGGGAACAUAUUUCUCCUGAACGGCUGAGUGAACUUUGGCAGGCGAUCGAUACAGGCGAUUUGUCUCAUGUGGACGAAGACAAUGAGAAACACUGGAAUUGGUACAUCUCAUGA